AACACGUGCGUUAAAAAGAUCUAGAAGCAUCGGCAGAGCUAUCUCUCAUCUCCAUCGAUCCAAGUUUCCAGCUUUCCAUUGAGGUUCAGUAUGUCGGAGCCCCCCUUUGUUUCCAGAGAGAGGCUGCUGAAGUACCAGCAGUAUUUUCGAAAUGUUCACAAGCAUACCUACUUGAAAGGACGCUACGAUAUGAUUACAUCGGUGGCCAUCCCUGCCGCCUUGACUGCAACGAGCCUCUAUCUCAUUGGGAGAGGCAUCUACAACAUGUCAUAUGGGAUUGGGAAGAAGGAAUGAGGAGAAACUCUUCUCUUGUUCAUUAAAGUUCACUGUUUGGAAUCCAAACCUAAAAACUGUUUCAACAUUUUGACUGUGGCCCUUUGUCCAUUAUGUGUGUCUUGUUAUGUGUUCUUGUAUUAAUUUUUCAUCAGGAGUUUGCUUGUUCAAAAUGUCUGUUUAAUUAAAAUCUCUCUUUCUCAAAGCUUCUUUGAAA